AGCGCAGGUGGGAAUCGACGCGGGAGCUGGGACACGCGAGCUGGCCCUGUACCAUGAGAGGAUGUGUCCGCGACCUGGCUGACCUGCCCGGCGCCGCUGCCAGUCCCACCCGGCACCAUGGGAGGAUGCUUCUCCAAGCCCAAACCAGGGAUGCUGCACACUGCUGGAGGGUGCUGGAGGGGGUGUCGUUGGCUGUGUGACCUGUGCUUGGCUCUGAGCUUGUCCCCAGCCUUGGUUGUUGAAGUGAAAAUUGAAGUUGUGAUACCUGAGAAGGAGAGAAACAAGGAGGAAAUGUCACCCAAUGGGAAAGCCAGCCCUCUGAUCUACAAAGUCAAUGGGACUACCCGGCACUACCACCUUGAGGAGCAUCCAAUUGCCGGCAACCCCUACCACAACCCAAAGGACGUGGUAGAAGCAUCUGUGUGCCACGUGAAGGACCUGGAGAAUGGACAGAUGCGAGAAGUGGACCUGGGCUGUGGGAAGGCUCUGCUCAUCAAGGAUAAUGGCGAGUUCCAUGCCGUGGGACACAAGUGUCCCCACUACGGGGCUCCGCUGGUCAAAGGGGUUUUGUCCAAAGGAAGAGUCCGCUGUCCCUGGCAUGGAGCUUGCUUCAAUAUCGGCACAGGUGACAUUGAGGACUUUCCCGGCUUGGAUAGUUUACCCAGGUUCCAGGUGAAGAUUGAGAAGGAGAAGGUAUACAUCCGAGCAAGCAAGCAGGCUCUUCAGACACAGAGAAGGACAAAGAUGAUGGCAAAGUGCAUCUCCUUGAGCAACUACAACCUGAGCAGCACCAAUGUGCUGAUCAUUGGUGCAGGGGCAGCUGGGCUGGUCUGUGCAGAGACCUUGCGCCAGGAGGGUUUCUCUGACCGAAUUGUGAUGUGCACCAUGGACAGACACUUGCCCUAUGACAGACCAAAGCUCAGUAAGUCAAUGGAUUCCCACCCUGAGCAGAUUGCCCUACGCUCCAAGGAGUUCUUUUGCACCUAUGACAUCGAAGUCUUGACUGAAAUGCAGGUGGCGGCUGUGGAUAUCAAGAGCAAGAUAGCUGUGUUCAAGGAUGGGUUUAAGAUGGAAUACAACAAGCUGCUGAUAGCAACAGGAAACAUGCCUAAAACUCUCAGCUGCAAAGGCAAGGAGAUGGAAAAUGUUUUCAACAUCCGGACGCCUGAAGAUGCCAAUCGUGUGGUGAAGCUGGCCACGAGCAAGAAUGUGGUGAUCGUGGGAGCAUCCUUCCUGGGGAUGGAAGUGGCCGCCUACCUCGCGGAGAGGGCGCACUCGGUGUCCCUGGUGGAGCUGGAGCAUGUUCCCUUCAAGAAGUUCUUUGGGGAGAGGGUUGGCCGUGCUGUCAUGAAGAUGUUUGAGAACAACAGGGUGAAGUUCUACAUGCAGACAGAAGUGUCAGAGCUGCGGGAGCAGGAGGGGAAGCUGAAGGAGGUUGUGCUGAAGAGUGGGAAGGUCCUGCGUGCUGAUGUCUGUGUCGUGGGUGUUGGUGCAGUCCCAGCAACAGCCUUCCUCAAGCAGAGUGGCAUCAACAUUGACUCCAAGGGCUUCGUUGUUGUCAACAAGAUGAUGCAGACCAACAUCCCAGGGGUCUUUGCUGCUGGAGAUGCUGUCACAUUUCCAUUGGCCUUGAGGAAUAACAAGAAGGUGAAUGUUCCCCACUGGCAGAUGGCCCACAUGCAUGGCCGCAUCGCCGCGCUGAACAUGCUGGCCCACGGCACGGAGAUCAGCACUGUCCCAUACCUGUGGACAGCUAUGUUUGGGAAGAGCAUCCGAUAUGCGGGCCAUGGGGAAGGAUUCGAUGAUGUUGUCAUUCAGGGAGAUUUAGAUGAACUGAAGUUUGUGGCAUUUUAUACCAAGAGCGACGAGGUGGUGGCUGUGGCCAGCAUGAACUAUGACCCAAUUGUCUCCAAGGUGGCCGAGGUCCUGACUGCUGGCAGGACCAUCCGGAAGCGUGAUGUGGAGCUGUUUGUCCGUCAUGGCAAGUACGUUUGGUUUGGGGUCCUGAGUGUGCUGAAUGUGAGGGGCUUGCACGACAGACAGCUAGCCCCCUGACUGGGUCAUGUCUGUAAUUCCCAUGUAGGGACACUGGUUACAUGGGGGGGUGUCUUUGUUUUGCACCCCUUCACAUGGGGGUUAGGGCUGGAGCUGCCAGGAGCUACAUCAGGCACAGAUCCUGUUGGCUGGGAUCUUGCUUGGCUGGGGGUUUGGUGGCUUUCCAUGUAUUUUCAGCUGAAGGGCUGCUUUUAAGUAUAAAUAAAUAAAAUAUUUGAGCUCAGUUUUACACAGAUUUGAGGAUCUGCAGGUGACUUUUUGGACAGUUUAGUGACAGGUGAGUGAGGGCAGAGGAGGGAGCAGGGUGCUGGGAUGGACACCAAGUACUAGACUAGCACUGAGGGACACUAAGAGCAUUUGCCUGUGCAUGUUGAGAAACCCCUCACAGCACUGUGGUUUUCCUCUCUUUUAGAACUGGAGACAUGUCCUGGUUAACAGGGAAAGGCUCCUAACGCUGCUGAUGGCUGCGCUCUCCUGACGCUGCACUCGCCAUGGGAAGAUGGGACAGCAGCUCCACGGCCUGGUGGGAACCCCAUGGCUCAGCCAUUUCCCUUUGAGACCUGGAUGAACCUAGCAUUGUGCACUGACCUUCCCAGGAGGAUCUCACACAGCUCCUCUGCCCCUGUGCCUGCUGGGCUGGGGCUCUGCUGUUGCAAUUGCUGUGGAAUUCUGGAAAGGCAGGCCACAGAGAGUGUGGGGUUUGGCACUGGCAGUGGACAUGGGCACCAUAUGGCUCCGGAUGCUGCCAUGGGGCUGAGGGUCCCCAGGAAGGUCUGAACCAUGCACAUCCCUCACCCCCAUAAGCAGCAUGAGUGCCUUUGGUUGCUCCUCUGCUUUCAUGCAUGAUGCUCCUUUCAAAAUUCCCUUUUCUCCCAGCAGAGCUCCAAUGUGCAUCCCUGUGGAGCCUGACAUCUGCUCCCUUCCUGCAUGGCUGCAGCAUUUGCUACAGCUCUCCCUGUGCACUCCCACUCCAGGGAGCAUCUGGGUGGGCCAGGAGAUGGGGUUACACUGGGUAAUCUCUGUGCAGCUGGUGUGUGUGUUGUCCAGGCUGGUCCUGUGCAACCCCACCAGCAGAGGUGGGUCCCUGUCUGUACUGAGGGUUCUAGAGCUCAUCAGUCCCUGUCCCAGCAUCACUUGUCCUAGAACAGCCAAGGGGAUGGAGUGUGUUCCCUGUCUCCUGGGCUCAGUUUGGGCUGGAGCACUGGCAGCUCUUGGCCCAUUCCUGGAGUGUGUAGCAGGGGUACCUGAGAGCUGUGAUGGCUUAGCUGCAGCCCUGGGCUGAGUGACCACCCUUCCAGCCAACCUUGGGAUAUCUCUCCUUAAUGAUAUCAUGGGAUCAGUGAUGUUGCUGAGAUGUUAUUUGAGGAAAAGUAGCUGGGGAACGUUUCUGGUUGUCCAUUGUCUGGCACUCGUCCAGCAUAGUGACAAGGUUGCAUUUCCCAGCCCAGUGCUCUGCUGUCCUGUUUCCUGCCCCAUGCUGAAGAAGAGCCAUGUCUUCAGCUCAGGAGUGGACCUGGCCAGCCACAGCCCAGUGUCCAUCAGCCCAGUGGAGUAGGGGUUGAGGGUCUCCCUUGGGCUGACUCCUUCCCCAACACAGUGUUUUACCCUGAGUGCCAAACAAAAGGAUUUAUAUUUUUAAUUUGUUUCACCCCUAUAAAUUAAAGCAAUACUAUUCUUGGGGUCUGGG